AUGACCAGUGGUGGCUGCGUAUUUGUCCUGUUCUUCCUCUUCCAUGUGUCGCUGAGUGUGGAAAUGACAGGCUUGUACGGCAACUUUACCACCCCCAACUACCCCCAGCCAUAUCCUGAUAACACGCACAUGGUGUGGAACAUCACAGUGCCGAAGGGCCACAGGGUCAAACUCUAUUUCACCCACUUCAACAUCGAACCCUCCAACUUGUGCGAAUACGACUACAUUCAGGUUUUGGCAGAGGGGAACGAUACUGUGCGGUUCUGUGGAGAAGAAGAGAAGAAUGAUGAAGGCACCCCGAGGAACACUGUCAUCCUCUCACCCGACAACCACAUGUCAGUGGUCUUUAGGAGCGACUACUCUAAUGAGGAGCGAUUCACCGGCUUCCAAGCAUUUUACACCUCAGAAGACAUCAACGAAUGUCGGUCCAGUCUGCAUGAAGAGAGAGCGUGCGACCAUUUUUGCCACAAUUACAUCGGUGGGUAUUACUGCACAUGCAGGCCAGGAUACCUCCUCCAUCUCAACAAAAGAUCUUGUACAGUGCUGUGCCUCAGCCAAGUGUUGACCAACCUGUCAGGCCUUCUAGCAAGUCCUGGUUACCCGAGCCCGUAUCCGCCCAUGAGUCACUGCAACCACACCAUCAGUCUUCCAGAGGGCUACAAAAUAAUCCUGGACUUUGUGGAGCCUUUUGACAUAGAAGGACACCCAGACGUACCAUGUCCAUACGAUAUGUUGAAGAUUUCGACAGCCGGACGAGAGUAUGGACCAUUCUGCGGAUCGACACCACCGGCCAGUAUCCAAACCGAAAGUCUCCAAGUGCAUGUUGCAUUCAGGUCAGACUCGAGUGGGAAAAACAAAGGAUGGAAGAUCAAGUACACGAGUAUGCAGUCUGGAUCACUUGCUAUAACUGAGACCUGA